AUACAAGCUCAACUUUGACGGAAAAAAGUGUAAAGAGCCUGAAAAGACGUGUUUAAGAUUAUUCGAGUUGGUAUGAAGGUGCACAUGAUGCACAGAACAUGGAAUGGGAAAACACAGUGUAAUAUAUUUCAGGGACAAAUUUAGACAUUUUGCUUGAUAGACGUGUGUGUGUGUGUGUGUGGGGGGGGAGGGCGUAUGUGAGUGAGUAGUCUAUGUGUGUGUGUAGCUGUGUGUGUAUGAGCAAGAUGAAAAUUAGCUUGACCAGUGUUCCUGAUGGGAAAUGUAAAUGAUUGAUGAGUGUUUUAUGGCAUCAUUCAUAUUAGGCGGUGCAGAGGGACUUUGGAUCCAGGCUGGGAAUGCUUCAUCCAACCUGUUCAUGGGGCAGAAAUUAGGUUGACAUAUAGCAGCCAUUACUUAAGUUUAAUUUGAUAUUUCAGUCAGAAACAUAUUUAUCUGUGGUCAUAUAAUGUAGGGCCUAAGCCUACUAGGCCCUACAUUACUAGGGGUAACCAAGAGAAAGAGAUUGUGCUACACAUUUCUUCAUCUAGUCAGGAGUUGUUAAUAUUUUUUAUCAUGAAACCAAAUAUUCUAUGACACAUGAUAUCAUGUUACAUUUCCACCGUAUCAAUUGGUAGCCUAUCCCCUUUAUGGUGUUUGGGAAUAUGGUAGCUAUCAACACUAUGACAACCGUAUUUCUUAGACCAAAGUUCAAGCUCAUAAUCCAGUAGGUUUACGAUCUGCAGUCCCCACCUGUCCACCCAGGAAGCUACGUCCUCUGUCCCAGGGGGUACAUUGUUGCAUUCUACAUCUGAAGAUAGCUCUGUGUUUUACCGAAAUCUGAGGUUUUAGUGACAAUGCCUUCCAAUAAGAAGACCCUUCACUUCUUGUUGAGUGCUAAGGCCUCGGCUGUUGCCGUGGGAAUACUGGGAUUUGGGAUGUCGACAGAAUGGGCCUCGUCCACCAUGCAGUGCUCUAAGAAAGGUGACAAUUUAUUCAACGGCACCGCCGAACUGAAGCUCGGACUUUUCGAUGGAAAUUUUAUUAGAAUCACAUGUCCAACAUUUGGAGGAGAAGACACUGUUAAAGUGUUGACUAUGCUGGGGCAGGUGGGUGGAGCUCCAGUGGUCCUCCAAGCCCUGGUCAUCUUCCUUCUGGCCCUCUGUCUGCUUGGCUCAGCUAGCAGCAUCCUCAUCACCCUCUACAACAGCGUCAGUAACCCCUAUGAGACCUACAUGGGCCCCUUGGGCCUGUACGUCUGCAGUUCAGCCAGUGCCUGCAUGUCCUUCCUGGCCAUCAUCCUGUACGUUGUGAACGUCACCGCGACCAGGAUGAGCGAGGGUCUGGUGGAGAACUUUUUGGGGCCAAACUCAGUGGACCUGAUAAACAAGAGCGCUGAGAUGGGGGUAGGCUUCUUCAUGUUGAUCCCUUACCUGGUCCUCAACCUACUGGCCAUUCUGCUGGUGUACCUGUACGAGCAUGCAGCCUACACCCAGAGGCAAGAACAGCAGAGGCCCACAGAGGAUGCGCCCAAGGAGAUCAUGAUGUACUAGUGUCUGCCUCCGGAUGAGUCAGGGUCCUUCUCCUAGUUUAAAGACUGACAACUUCCUUCACACACAACCUUCUUAUUUUUUGUAUAAUAGAUGUGUUAUAUGAUACGAUACGUGAUAUGAUAAUGAAGGGGAAAGCAAGAUUCAUGUUCUGUAUGCUUUCAGUAGUCAAAAGGGAAUCUUCUGUAAUCGGCUUGCAUGAUCCAAAACUGCAGUGUUGAAUACCUAUAAUAAUAAUAGGAACAUUCUAAACAAUGCAGUAGCAAAUGUUAUUGUUAUUUAUCUACAACAUUUUUGUCUUGUCUACUAUAUAAACUGCUUAAAAAGAGGCAAACCCUAAACAGGCCAGUCUAUUUCAGGAUGUUCACUGCCAGCAUGAAACUACCAUGUUCUAAGUUCAUCAAAUGUUUCCAUUUUGGCAUAUAUUACAAAUGUUUAGAAAAUAAUAAUUCUGUAUUUUCAUUUUAUGGUUUCAACCCAGCGUUGAUCUAAUGACAUGUUAGUAGAUUUAGAGACUGUCAGAUAGCAGGGGACAGAGGUUCUUUUACAAACACAAGAAAAAUUGUUAAGUCGUUUUGCUUCUUUUUUAAAUAUUUUUUUUUACAAAUCUUAAUCUCAAUAUCUCCACAUAGCCCAAGAAACAAAGAAAACAUUUUUAAGGAUGCAAAUAUUUGUCAGAGAAAAGAAAAUCCUAAAAGAUUCCUUUGUCUCGCUGCCUGGGAAGCGCAGCAGCAGAAACAUUGUUUGUUGAAGAGAAUGUUAACCUUUACUGCCCUCUAUCUGCGGGAUGGAGCUCCUACAAAAGACGCAGGUACAUGUAAUGCCUUGAUAAAUAUGGUAGAUAUUGAG